UUGGGGUUGCGCUGCGCAAAAAAUUUGGCAGCUGAUGACAAGUCGUAAAAACAGUGGGUGUACAAAAAUAAAAUAUUGGAAAAACUACACGAAACCCUAAACGUUGUGCUUUAUUAUGGUUUAAUUGACGAGAAAAGUGAAUUCUUCAACCUGACAUUGAAAAGUCGAUUAUAGUUAUGUUGAUCAACACUAAUCAGCUUUUCUAAGGAAUCCCACUCAAAAAUAGAUACCCUUAUCAUGCCAGCAGGGUCAAUAAAUGAGUUUUGUUUCCAAUUUCCCCAGCAGCCCUCGCACUCAGGUAGCAGCAUGAAUAUGAGCAUUGGAGCAGAAGUUGUCUAUGGCACUCAUGAGGAAUCUCAUGUCGUCAUGUCCGAGAAAGUCCAGGCUCUGGCAGGGAGCAUUUAUCAAGAAUUCGAAAGAAUGAUAUCCCAAUAUGAUGAGGAUGUUGUUAAAACUUUGUUGCCCCUUCUUGUAAAUGUGCUGGAAUGUUUAGACUCUGCUUAUCAACAAAAUCAGGAGCAAGACGUUGAAGUAGAGCUGCUAAAGGAAGACAAUGAGCAAUUAGUAACCCAAUAUGAAAGAGAGAAGGGGGCUAGGAAAACAGCCGAACAAAAACUGUUAGAGUACGAAGAUGCAGCAGAAGGCGAACGAAAAGAACUGACGUCUAGACUUGAAUCCCUGGAAUCUAUAGUUAGAAUGCUGGAGCUCAAACACAAAAACUCAAUGGAACAUGCCAAUCGUCUGGAAGAACGCGAAGGAGAGUUGAAAAAAGAAUACGCCAAACUACAUGAAAGGUACACCGAACUGUUCAAGACCCAUGUAGAUUAUAUGGAGAGAACCAAGCUACUACAUUCAGGACAACAACUAGUAAAUGAAAGAGUUGAAGCAGGCCGGCUGAAUUCAAAUAGACUCAACAUGGGAAGAAGCUCAGGCCCAAUUUCUUUUGGGUUUGCCAGUCUGGAAGAUGCCGAGAAUGUGGAUAGCAUUCCUUCGUCUCCUAUUAGCAGCACCCACUCAUCGCCUAGUUUGCAUAAUGAAAUGGACAGUUUGAGCAGAAAACCAGUAUUAAAAGUUGAGCGCGCCCAAGAAACCGAUACGAUAAAUUUGGAGAAUAAGAGCGUAGUGACUUCACCAGUCAGUCCUACUUCACACCCGAAUAGCAGUGGUGGAGGUCGAUUACACACUAAGAGAGAACAAAGAAGUGGCAAUACUUUAUACCAGGAAUUAAGUUUUCAGGAUGUGGAUGGCGAUGAAGAUCCCACUGAUAUUACUGGUGGUUGGGUACAUCCAGGAGAAUAUGCCUCUUCAGUCAACGACAAUUUUUAUGGCAUGGGCAAGGAAGUAGAAAAUCUCAUUAUGGAAAACAACGAGUUGAUGGCCACUAAAAAUGCUCUUAAUGUGGUGAAAGAUGACCUCAUUGUGAAAGUAGAUGAGCUGACUGGAGAAAUUGAUAUGCUGCGAGAGGAAAUUUUAUCGCUGAAUGUCUCCCGAACCAAACUAAGAGAGCGUACAACAGAGUUGGAAGAGGAACUGCGAAAAGUCAAGGAAGCUCACGAAGCUAAACAGGACGGCGAUGAAGAAGAGGAUGUUCCAAUGGCUGAAAGGAAACGCUUUACAAGACUGGAAAUGUCUCGUGUGCUGAUGGAAAAAAAUCAAUAUAAGGAAAAUUUAAUGGAACUGCAAGAGGCAGUACGCUGGGCCCAAAUAAUCAAGGCAUCGCGCGAGCCUUCCCUUGAUAAACACUCCAACAGAAGCAUUUGGAGUUUUUUCUCAAACCUUUUUAGUGGAGGAGACAGAGUGCAACGAUCAAUGAUGGGGCCGGAUUUUAGGUACCAAGCUGCUACUAACCGAGUGUCUCCGGGAUUGAGAAGUUUGGCAAGGAUCCAGGAUAGAAGCGAUGUGGAAAUGGGAUCGGAAAAAUUCGCUAUACGAAAAGCUAUGGAAAGGCGUGAGCAGUACCGUCAGGUAAGAGCCCAUGUGAAGAAAGAUGAUGGGAGAUUACACGCCUAUGGAUGGAGCCUUCCUGGAAAAGUCGUAGCUACCGAAACAACAGGCAAACAAAGCAAUAGUGUUCCGGUUCCAGUUCCUGUUUAUUGUAGGCCUCUCGCUGAAACUAAAGCCAAUAUGCGAAUAUGGUGCGCGGCCGGAGUAAAUUCUAUGGGCGGAUAUACCAAAGAUGGGGGCUUGAUGGUUGGUGGUAGUGUAUUCUACUCGGACGAACCGCAAAUUCCGGAAUCAAAAUCGGAAAACCAGAUUGAAGAUCUGGAAAAGGAAUUGAACGAUUGCAGAGAAGGAGCUUUAUUGGAAACCAGAUUAACCUCUAUGGUGUGGAUCGUGACAACAACCCAGCAUGCCAGUAUGGUCACGGUAAUAGAUGCUAAUAAUCCCGCAGAACUUCUUACCAGUUUUGGAGUUUGUUCUGCACAUGUGCUGUGUAUAGCCAGUGUUCCAGGUGCCAGUCCUUCUGAUUAUAUCGACACACCCAUUGAAAUUCCGAUAGAAGCCCACGAAGACAAUCCAGAGUCCAACGAGGCUACUAACGGGGAAAAGGAAAAGGAGAAGGAAAAUAACGCGCAUCCGUCCAAAGUCACUGAAACUCCUGAAGGACGAGCUAAAGCUGUGCAAGAUGGAGGUGUUGGUACUAACACCUUGCGUACGCAAGAAGCUAAUCAAGAAGCAGCUCUUCUGGGCAAAAUCAGUUUCGUGGAAAACGACCAAACAGCAGUUAAAACGACAAAUAAAGCUAGUUGUUCUGUAAGUGACAAUGACUCAAAAACUGACGAUAAUGUUGCCCAAGGAAAUCCUGAUAAAGUAUUAGAAGAAAAUGAUGCAAUAGAAAAUCCUAAAGAUCCCAACCAGAACCCAACACACGGCUACAAGAGUCCAACAUUGAAUCUAGAGACCAUGUCUACGGUUUUAGCCACAAUGUGGCUAGCGGAUACAGAUGGCAAUGUAUAUAUUCAUUCUUCUGUUGCAAAUUGGCAUCGGAGGUUACAAACUGUUAAAUUAGGCGAUUCUGUGAUUAGUAUAGUACACGUUAAUGGUAGAGUUGUAGUAGCCCUAGCCAAUGGUCAACUAGCUGUAUUCAAAAGACAUUCGAACGGAGAAUGGGAUCUAUCACAAUACCAUAUAGUGCAAAUCGGACUUCCACAUCAAUCUGUUCGAAAAUUGGCUGUAGUGGGAGAUAAAGUAUGGUGUGGGUAUAGAAAUAAAAUUCAUGUGCUUCAGCCGCGAGAAUUGAAAAUCAUCCACACUUUAGAGGCGCAUCCCCGAAGAGAAAGUCCGGUACGAGACAUGGCCUGGUUAGGUGAAGGAGUCUGGGUAUCCAUAAGGUUGGAUUCAACAUUGCGAUUAUAUCAUGCUCACACUUACCAACAUCUUCAGGACGUUGAUAUCGAACCUUAUGUUAGCAAAAUGUUAGGUACUGGAAAAUUAGGAUUCUCUUUCGUACGAAUUACCAGUUUGCUCAUCUCUUCCAAUCGAUUAUGGAUUGGCACCAGUAAUGGCGUUAUUAUCUCCGUGCCAUUGACCGAUUCCUGCAAUUGUAGUUCAGGAUCGAUAAUUUCGAGAGGUUCAAGUAUGAGCGGAUCAGCAAUAAGAUUUCCAAGGGUUGCAUUUCCUGAACACUUUGUGCCAUACUGUACAAUGGCACACGCCCAGUUGAGUUUCCACGGACACAGAGACAAUGUAAAGUUUUUCGUUGCUGUACCCGGAAAAGGAGGCAUCAGCUCUGCUUCAUCACCUUCUGAGGCAAUGUCGGCAUCAGUUACUUCUCUUGAAAGUCCAACUAAACAACCACCAACCUCCAUGUUGGUAAUAUCAGGUGGAGAGGGCUAUGUUGAUUUUAGAGUGGAAGACGAUUGCGAACCUAGAGACGGAGCGUCGCACCUGUUGAUUUGGCAAGUUAUUAACAUUGAACCUGGGAAUCCCAUGGGGUGAUGAAAUGGAGGAUAGCAUGAUAAGCAACACAGCAGCGGUUGCAGAGAAUUAUAACAACAAACAGGGGGAUCUGACUCAUCUCAUUGUUUGGCAAGUUUCAACGAGUUAAAAAGCUGCCCAUUGUUAAAACUAUACACACCAAUAAGAUUGGCAUUGUCGAUAUUUUCCCUACUUUUUUUUGAUAAAAUGAUAUUGAAUUCAUAUGGAAAAGCUUUAUUUGCAAAAUUUACACAGCCUGAAGCCGACUUUAAGGAUUUUUAGCAAAGCCAUAAAUAUAACAACGAAUUGAAUGGUUGAAAAAAGCAUUCUUUGAAAGUUUUUAUGUGAUUUUUCAAAGUAGUCUAUUAUUUAAGAAUUUUUCGAUUUAAUUAUAUCACAAAUAUCUUGUGCAACCGCAAGACGUUCUUUCACCAGUACAUUCACAUAAAUGUGAACCCAACUAUAACCAAAAAUGAAAGCUGUGAAGUUGUAAACAUGAUUUGUAUAUUUGAGCGGAUUUAACGCCAACUGGUGCAGGUAGUGUUUCAUGAUAUAAAAUUGUUCUUAGUUGUCUAGGAUCCUGAUUAAUUAUCUGCUUGAGCGAUGCAGAUAUCACUUUAUUGACCAAUUUUAGUUAUUGCUUUAAAUUGUUGGGCGGAUGGAGUAUGAGGUCCGUUUGUUUUACGGAAUUAAAACAUUAUUUAGUCUGCAACUUUAUACAUUUAUUUAGAGCUGUUUUGGCAUGUAAUCGAUAGGUUUUUGCAUUAACAUUUUCCUUUAAAGAUAUCCCAGUUUUAUGUAACAAAAUAACUGCGCAGUUUUGCUGUACGAACCUUUAUAAAUUGUUUUAGAUUAGAUUCUAAAAAUAGUCAAAUUUAGUUCAAAUUUAAAUAUCUGUACAUUAUGUUAAGAAAUCCGUGUAUAUUACACUAUUAUUUAUUGUAUAACUAGUUCAGUGCUUUUAUCGUCGUAAUGUACCCUUUAUAAUAUUGUGCUUAUGUUAUAUAGAAAUGUAUAAUAAACAUGUUCAAUAAUAGA